AAAUUAGGGAAAUAAAUUCAUAUUAAGUCUUUAUCUCGUUCACGCCACUUUGUAUGUGAAUCGCAUUUGAAGCAGAUGCGGAUUGGCGUAAGACAACCUUCUAUAAAAACACCACGGAAAUGAAAAAUGUUUACGAAAGCAUGCAUCGACGAACUCAAAACAAGAGCUCUAAAAUGUAAAUGAUAAAUGUAGAACAUGUAAAAUAUUCAAUAAGUGUUUAUAGCCUGUUAAAAUUCAGAUAACAAUGGAUUGUGUAAAUAUAUGCAAUUUCUGUUUCCAAGAGGGCUUACCUGAUAUCAAGAGUGUUCACAGUUAUUCGACGGAAUUCAAUACGCAUCGAAUUGAAGAUAUUGUGACCAAACAUUUUUGGUUUAAGACAGAGGAGCUUGUUGGCUUUGUGAUCUGCACUACAUGCUGGAAUAAGCUGUCUGAUUUCCAUUCAUUCUAUUGCCAUGUUGAACAGCUAUGUAAACAGGAGAUACUGGAAUAUGAACUGUUCACGGUAAAGAAACUUGAGCCGGAUCCAGAAACUCCUGUCGAUGAGAUUGAGUUGAAAAAUGUAAUAAUAAAAACGGAGAUAGUCGACAAUGAAGAUAUGGAAGAGAAUGUGUGUGACAUCCAACAGGAAGAAAAAAUUCUCGUUCUAGACAUAAAGGUAGAACCGGAUGAAAGCGAACAGAGAAAAGAACUAAACAUUGUUCCAGUCAUAAAGGCAGUAGAACAUUCUGAAAAACCAGAAAAUCGAAAUAAGGAAGUGAAGCGCCCUAUCGUUACGAACGAGGAAAUUCUGCUGUAUUGUCAGAUGGAUUGUAAGGCAUGUUCGCAAAACUUUGCGACCUUCAAACAGUUCAAGCUACACUAUAGCGCUGUUCAUAAUCAACGGGGCUAUGUAACAUGUUGCAAUUCACGGUUCUACGACAUUACUCGGCUACGCGAACACAUACGCGUUCACAUGGAUCCCGCUACAUUUCAUUGCUCGGAUUGUAAGAGAAAUUUUUGCUCUAAAACUACAUUACUUAGCCAUCGUCUGUUGUUACAUCUGCCGAACGAUCAGAGAAGCUUCUCAUGUGAACUAUGCCCGAAAAAAUUCGCCAAACAGUAUCAUCUCAAAACACAUAUGUUGACACACAAGACUGUAAAAGAUUUUCCCUGUCAGAAUUGCGAUAAGCAAUUUUCUUCUAAAGGGGCACUAACCAUCCACUUGAAAAAUAUUCACAGACGUGCAAAUGAAGGCAUGUGUGAUAUCUGUUCGAAAGUAUUGAAAUCGAGAAGUGCGCUUACGGUACAUCGGGCGGAACACUUCAACACGAAACGAAUCCUUUGUACAACUUGUGGCAAAUGGUUUAAAAACGAGAUUUCAUUGAAAAAGCAUAAGAUCCGACACCAGGAGGAAACUAAAAACAUUGUGUGCGGCACAUGUGGGAAGCGAUCACCAAAUACACACGCACUGAAAAAACACAUUCAGGACCAACACACAAAGGGACGAAUUCAUCAGUGUUCACUGUGUGACAAAUCAUUCAAACAAGCGUUGGUUUUGAAGGAACACAUGGCCACACAUACCGGUCAACAGCUUUACUCUUGUGCUUACUGUGGAAAGGAGUUCAGAUCAUCCGGUAAUUUGCAUUCACAUCGAAAAAAGGCACACCCAGAUGAAUGGCAGGAAAAUCAGAAGACGAAGCAAACGUCCCCGAGUGAUGUUUAACAUUUAUUGUUUCACGAGGUUGAAACAAAUAUAAGCAAGCAAAAGUCAAUUUGUGUACUUUUUGACGUAGGACUACGUCUUUCAUUUCAAUACUGAGGUGUGAGUUCAAAGUUUUGAAAAAGAGAGCGUGACACUUGGAGUGCAAGAUUUUGGACGUUAAUAACUCUUUGGCGUCUGAACGAAGUGGUAUGAAAAUCACUUCAUUCGAAAGAUAAAAUUUCUAAGAUGUAUACGAUUGUUACUUAUUGACUCGAGAAAUUGUUUCAAUAGCUUAAACAGGCUAUUAAAAUCACACAAAUCUGUAUAUAAGUUGGCGCCCGCUUGGAAAAUCAUUCAGUUCUGAUUAGAAAGCGACGGGAAAAUGAUCUCGCUCGUUCCCUUAACACGUUGAGUGCUACGCGGUUUCAUAACGACUUUCCCGUCAGACCACGCGUCGAUAUCGUAGUUCAGCAAUGCGAAACGCAAUACUGGAAAAUUAGAAUUCACCCGAUAGAAAUUUUUGAAAAUAUUGGGCCAUCGUUUCUUAUCGUAAGAAGGUAUUUCUGCUCGAAAGCAGUAAAAUUUCUGCGAAUAAAAAUAAAUAAGUUUCUACUUUUGUCAUCAUAUUUUAUACUGUCACCGAUGACUGACGUGGCAGUUAACGUGUUAAACACUAUGCUUUUCUCUCCCAAUUCAAUUUCUUUUCUGCAGCCGGGUCGAACGGAGUGUUUAGCGAAAGACGAAGUGAGCAAUGACAAUUCGAUGCAGAUUGUUUACAAAAGGAGACAUGGGUUAUGGAUUUGAUAGCAGAGAAAAUAAAUGUUUGAUAUGAUGUUGAGAAUAAUUCAACAUAUCAAAGAAACCAUAUUAUUUGAUGGAAGCAGGAGUUGUAAUAUAAUUUGUUGACGAAUGCCACAAUCGAUCGAUGAUUCUAAUUGACGGGAAGGGGGUAUUAUUUGUGCUGGGUUUCGAGGAGAAAUCGAUCGAUUUAAGCGUAUAUAAUUCUUUUCCAGCAACACGAAGUGGAUUGUAAUUUUAUCAAAAGAUAAAAUGUAUGAGAGUUAUAGGCUUUUCAAUUAUUGACCCGAAAAUUUGUUUCAAAAGCUUAAAAAAUUCUUUGAAAACAGGCUAAUGAAAUCAAAAAUCGGUAUAUGAUUAUGCCCGCUCGGAAAUCCAUUUCGGUUGCCGAAGUACUGAAAAACCAUCCAUAACCGGUUCCUCUCCUCAAGGUCGGCGAUAGUUCCCUUAUUACGUCUGUUGAGAAAGCGAUUGGCUUUAAUUUGAUAUGUCGAUCAUCUGAAUCGGUUUAGCAGUUCAAAAGUUAUGAAUUUAAAAAAAAAACUAUUUUUGGAAAAAAGUGGAAAAAUUCGAUUUUUCGGACAACCCUAAAAUAGAAAUGGACACCCUAAUAAAAAAAUACGAGUCUAAUGUUUGGCGAUAAAGAAUAAAUUACCACUUUUGACGAAAAUCUGAGAACCACUAUAUCGGUUUGGCAUGGAAUGGCUGUAUAGUAGAUUAGUUAGUAGUUUAUAAGUAGUUUCUUUCAAAUUUAAAUUAAAAUUUAAACAAUACCAUCAAGAUGGUGAACAAUUGCCAAAUUUGAAAUGAUUUUUGAUUUUCUCAUCAAAAACAGGACCUAUAUUGUGAAAUUCAAAUUGUGUCACUUGUACUGUAAAAAUGUGUAUUAUAAUAACAAACCACAUGAAUAAAAAUGCAUUUAAGUUGUAAAACCAAAAAAAAAGAAAAUCCAUUUCGAGAACGUUGUUGAUGUUUGCUGAAAUAGUGUCUUUGUCAAGGCAGGUUGAGAAAAAGUUUGGAUUGAGCUGUCCCCAAGGGUCAUUCUUAGUACAUUACAAUUUCAUUACAUUUGCUCAAAACAUAUUGAUAUUCCUCCACAAUCUCCAGACUUCAAUCCUAUAAAAAACUAUGGAAGUUAUCUGUGUAGGAUAUUUAGAAACCAUCAAAUUUCUAAAAAAAAAACGAUUUUGAAAUGAAUAUUCCUUCCGAAUAUACCAAGAAACUCGUAGGCAGCUAAAGAUAGUUGCAAUAAACAAGGGUUAUCGUACUAAAGAAAGAAUUUAUAAUUGGCCAACGCCUUCGAAAUCGAGUUGAAAUUUCAACCACCGUGCAAAUAUGAGUUUGAGUCAAUUUUCAUACAUACAUUUGACAUUCUUAGAGAAAUUAAAACCAUUAAUUUUAAAAUAGACAGCAAAUCUAUUCACUCUCAUAUGGCAAUUUGACGUUAUCUAAAUAGAAUGUUCCGAAAGCUUGUUUUCGACUUAUAAAAGAAGGGAAAAUAAAUCUACAUGGUUUGAAAAAAAGACCUGGGCUCUCGAGCCCACGUGAACAGGUUGUUCAGGAUUCGAGCAACGGCUUUUGUAGGACGACGGGGUUAGUACCCGUGAUGGAAAUAACUCCAUCGUCUGCAAGUUGUCUCAGCGUGCAGUUUCUGGUUAGACAGUCAUCCAUAUCAUUGACGUAAAAAUAAUACAAGAGGGGACUUGGGCAGGAGCCUUUCGGUAUGCCCAUAAAACUGUAACGAGAAGAUUUCGACCUGCCAUAAGAGAAAAUCAUGUGCUUUUCUGACAAAUUGUAUUGCCUGUAUUCAGAAUUGGCGAACAUUCAUGAUUUUGUAGCUUCUCUGAGAGAUUUUCCAUGAAAAAUGAAUCAAAUGCCCCUUUGAUAUCGAAAAAAAGAAGCUUUCUGUUCUUGCGAGUAAAUGCAAUUUGAAAAUCAGAACUCCGAUUAUCCGCGAGCGAGUUCUAUAGUGAAUCUCUACGCCUCACAGUGGUCCCUCCUGAAAUUCUAGGUGGCAUUAAAUAGAAAAAUGUCCUCGACCUAACCUUCAAGGCAUCUAGGGAUAACACUCCUAUUUCCAGCAAGAAACUCGUCGACAUUUGCCAGGUGUUCUCGGCUAAAGCUGCCGGAAUCUUUGAAGCUGCCACUAUUCCGUCAAGCAAGCCGAUCCUGAUAGUUACCGACUCGGCUAGCGUCAUCGAUACCGUACGCGUGGCUAUAUCUAGGCACCCAUGGAUACAAACUAUCAGGAGGUAUCUGCUGCCGGAUACAUUCACCUUGGACAGCUUUUAAUGUGUAAAGUACCGCUAGGCGAAAUCAGAUUAUUGAUCGCCAACAUCUUCAAAACUUUUUGGGCGGAAAAAAGGUCCGUUGAACCGACGCUGUUCCUCCGAAGAAUCAAAGGCUCCAUAGUAAGAUUCGAAGACGUCAAGAAGAAGAGAAAGAGCAACGAAUCCUAUUCAGGCUAAGAACCGGUCACUGACACAUGUCUCACAAUUUAAGCAGGGGCUCCAGAAACGAUGAAGGAGGCUUUAAGACUUUGCACAGAAGAAAGUAACUAUAGCUAUGUUAGAUCAAGUCACAUGCUCCUCCCUUCAAGUCACAUGCUCCUACCAUUCCACCCAAACCACAACAUGAUUUCCCUCAACAACAUAAACCACAAUUCCCACCUACAUUCAGAUAUCCACCUCCAAGACCAACACAAAAUUAUUACCCCACAGCAAAACCACCACCAUUCCCUAAUCGAUACCAACAUACAUUCAAACCUCAACCUUUCAGAGCGCAACCGAACCCAUUCAAACCAUCACCACAUCCAAAUCAAUUCAAUCCCCACAAAAAUCAAUCAUCCCAAAACCUAAAUGCAUUUGCACCAAGGUACACUCCCCAACCUAAACCUGUACCUAUGGAGGUUGACCCAUCCAUAAGGUCAAGAAGAAUUAACUACAUGAAUAAGCCAAAUUUCCACAUGGGAAAUGAUCAAUUCGAGUACGAUCGUUUUUUCCUCAUAUGACGAUAGCAACUACUAUUAUCCAGAGAACUGCUAUCAAAAUUAUGAAGAGCAAUGGAAUGCUACCUCAGCAGAAAACGACACUGAAACACACGAACCUACAGCUCAAUGCGAGCCCGAAACAAAUCGUACAGAUCCACAAACUACUGAUAAUUUAAAUUUUCAGAUAGCGAGCGUCCCAGCGGACAAAACAUAAAUAAUUUUAUCCCGUACAUUACAUUAAAUACGAAUAAAUGAAAAUUGAAAUUUUUGAUUGACUCCGGCAGGAACCGCAAUUAUCUCUCUGACAAACAUGUAAAUUUACCAAAUUGUAGAUUCACAACCCCCACAACUGUACGAAACGUGAAUGGUUUACACUCCAUCAAUAGAUUCGUGGAGUUAAAUCCUUUCCCACAAAUUCCUAAAACCUCUAAUCAAAUUUUCUUAAUCUUCGAUUUUCAUCCUUUUUUUGAUGGCCUUAUAGGCUACGAGACAUUGAAAAAUCUCCAAGCCAACAUGAUCACAUCAAAAAAUGAACUAGCCUUCCCAACUGGAACUAUUCUAAUGAAACGAAAAUAUCCCGACGUCAAGUCACUGUGUUUAAACCAAGGGAUUGCUAAGAUGGCCGCCUUUCAGUAGCCACCAUAGAAAAUCAUGAGCAUAGAAAUCAUAACCUAAAAUUAAAAAUGAAAUGCUCCGCGCGUUUCUUCAGCUGUGAUUUUAAUUGCAAAUCGUCAAGAAAGCUUCCGGAUGAGUAUCCAAACAUCGCUUGCCAAAGGAGACUAUCCAACGUAUUCAAAUAUUAACAUAUAUGACUCCAAACAUUAAACAAUACGUGAGCCCCCCAAGCGCGAGCCCUGUUUUAUGCUACCUACGCUCAAUUUGCAUUGGAUGGGAUAGGGUUGCCAGAGCCCCGGUUUAAACGCAAACGAGACGCAACAAUUAAAUUUCCCAACAAGAGCGCAAGGUGAAUUUUUCAUAGAAAACGACAUAACCAUUGGCUCAAAUAUUUUCAUCCUCUCUGGGCUAUACUCAGCACAGGACGGAUACACACAAGUAAUGGUUUCAAAUUUUUCCUAUGAACCCCAAAAAGUUAAUCUGACUUCUGAUAUUCUGGAACCUGAAAUUAACAAUUUCGAAACUGGAGCAUUCGAGACUCCAGAUAGUGAUUUAUGCUUGCAAAAUAAGCUAUUUGAUCAGCUCAGAAUUUAUCAUCUCAAUGCUGACGAAAGGUCAAAACUAAACAUAAUCUCCCAAAACAGCGACAUAUUCUUCAUAGAGGGUAAUAAGCUUUCGUUUACAAAUGCAAUCAAGCAUACAAUUAAAACAAAGGACGAAAUGCCUAUCCAUACAAAGUCUUACCGGUAUCCUUAUUGCCAUAGGGAGGAGGUAAAACGUCAAAUUUCUAAACUUUUAGACCAAGGAAUUAUUCGCCAUUCGAA